CAGCAGCAGUUUCUCAACAGGAAGGAGGAAGCGUGUUCUCGUUGCGCUUGCUCUGUACUGCAAACCGGGUAAUGUCAGCGAGAGGCUGUUUAGUGUUUGUCUGCGACGGUUUACCAAAGGUAGAUUACAGUACAGCUAAAGAACAAGCGAAUGAACAAUAAUCGGUACAGAAAACACGGUUAAUAAAGAAAAGCCGUCAAAAGGAGGACGGUGAUAUUAAAAUGGCAGCCACAAUCGUCUAUGAUUCUUCAGAGGCAGUGGAUCUCUGCUCGGACCGGUGCCUGUAUCUGAAGCCCAUUGCCAAGCUGGCAAUCACAGUGAUGCUUCCAGAAUCGAGGGAGGCCAGCAAGACAGUCUCUAAUUGGGAGGUGAUAGCCAGGCUCAAGCAGAUGGCUCAACCCCACCAAUUCAACUCCAUCCGGCUGUCCAGGAGCACCAUGGAGUUUCUUCGGUUUGAGGGAGAGUUGGAGACCAAGAACCUAGUCCACACACUGCAGGCCAAGCUACACAAGAAGACAGUAGCAAUCCAGGGCUUCUCUAAUGGCUUGAGGGUCCUGGCUGUGGAAUCCCAAGUGGAUUUUCCCACUCAAGAAGAAUGGGAGUCUUUCUUUGGAGAAGAGAAGCCAGACACCAUUCACCUAGAGGGGCUGCCCUGCAAGUGGUUUACCCCUAAAGAGGCCAGAGGCGAGAGACCCAGUGAAGAAACCGUCAGGGAGGUUUUUGGACGAUUUGGACCUAUCCGCAACAUGGACAUCCCCAUGCUUGAUAUGUACAGACAGGAGAUGAGUGGUAGGAACUUCAGCUCUUUCGGUUUGGGAGGGCUACACACCUUUGACAUGUAUAUCCAGUUUCAAGAACAUGAGGAUUUCGUCAAAGCCAUGGAGGCGUUGAGAGGAAUGAAGCUGAUGUUUAAAGGGGAAGAUGGAAAGGCACUGGCAUGCAGCAUGAAGGUGACCUUUGACACGACAAGCCACCUGAGCGAGGCAGCGCUGGAGAGGCGCGGGUACGAGAGACAGCAGCUCAGGAAGCUGGAGGAACAGAGGCAGCAGGAGAAGCUCAGAGAGAAGGAGCAAGAGGAGGCAGACAGAAGAAGGAAGGAAGCCCAGCGUGAAAAGAGAAGGCAGGAGAAGCUGAGAAAGCGAGCGCAGAGACAGAGAGACUCGGAGGAGAGAGGUCUCCUGAGGAGUGGCAUGCCUUUCAAAGCUGAAGAAGACCAGGAGGAGGAAGAGAGGAUGGAGGUAGAUAUUUGGGAGGAGAGGAAGCUGGUGUUGGCACUGAGGCGGCUACAGUCCAUCAGGCUUCUUGCUGCACUGCUUGAAAAAGCUCAACAUCUUGAAAAACUGAAGAUCAAAAGCAAAGUAACCGAACCAGAAGAAGAUCUACCACAGAGUUUCCCAGAGGAACACUUAGAAGAAAAAACCACCAGUGAGAAAUGGGAACAUGGAAAAGCAAACAAAUCCCAUGUGGGUCAACCAGCCACAGUGAUGUCUGGCCACCUUUCAGAGGUCCUAGACGGGGACCAUUCCACUGCUUUUGAUGAACACACUGAUGAAGGUUUUGAUUAUGGACCCAUAAAAAUAACCAUUAACCAAGCCAGGGAUGCUGCCCCAACCUCCAAGCCACCUUCCUCUUCCAGUGAUGGGAUGGGUGGCUGUUUGUUUGACCGGGACUACUCUUGCAUAGAAAAGCCAUCCAAACGGCGCAGAAAAGAAAAGAUUUAUGAGUCGGAAGAGUUUUUGAAUUAUUUAUUAAACCAUUAUUCCUACCCAAGCUAUGCCCGAUUUUACCCCAGCCCUCAUCCUGCUUCAGAUCAGGCCUCAGGGUGGGACAGAAUGGUAUCUAAUAAUGGAAACAGCUUCCAAAUAAGCCUGAGGAACACAGACGGCAAAUAUUGUACUGAAGUCUGUAUCAGUCAAAACGAAGGGCUGGCAGGGAGCAACAGGGAGGAUCGUUACAAAUGGAAAAUUACCAUCAAAGCGACUGAGCCGCCACAGAGGGGCUUGGGAACUAAAGGCAGCAGGUUAAAGGGUUACAGCAGGGAAUUUCAGGUACAGUGGAACGAGUCCAGCCUGCAUCCAGUGGAGGAAGACUUGGAGCAAUCCAACUGUAAUAAGGGCUUGUAUAAAAAGUCUGCAGUGAAAGGUUCCAGGUUAAACAAGAACGAACGUCGCAGAGAGAGUGCAAAGGACCUCAAAUGUGCCUCGUUCCCUGCUGAACCUCUGCAUCCAGCAAGAACUUCUACUGAUCUGAAGGACGACUUUGAAGAGAUAAACAGUGCUUCUGAGUUCACUGGUGAGGAAUACCAAUGGGAAAAUAAGUAUGGCCGUGUGAAAAGCAGGGAUUUUAAAGAACAAAGCAGUGGGCCCAAAGCAAAGAAAAUAAUUGGCAAAGCCGCUACCUUUGGAUAUGGAAGCAGGAUUGAGGGGGGAUCUGAAUGUCAAGGGGAGAUGGCUGAGCAUGACGUUUUGCAACUUGACGACGGCUCUUUCUUGAGCAGUAAAUCAUUGACAGCAUGCGAUCCAAAGAAGGUGAAAAAGAAGCGAAAGAAAUCCAAAGGGGAAGGAAGAGGCAGUGAGGCAGGUGUGAGUAAGAAAAGAAAAAAGAAGAGGAAGGACAAAAAGAAAGAGUGUGAAGGCUCAGCAAGCAGAUCCAACAGCGAAAACGAAGAACGCAGAAAAAAACACAAGAGUGUGAAGCAGGACAAGCUUCAGCACAGACACCAGAAAAUCAAAAGUGAGUUUUCUUCCAGGGACAAGACUGAAAAAUGCAAACGGUCCAGGGAGCAGUGCAAGUCAGAGAAAUGGGCAUACCAGUACCACAAGCCUGACUAUUGGGGGAAUGGCUUUGGGGAUGCUUAUGACUGCAGUGAGGAGUUUGAUGGCUGUAACUAUUACAGUAAGAAAGGAUGGCAGCGCCACAACGGCUUGGAGGAAUACGUUGAUAAAACUGCAGCACAGAAAUGUGACCGGUAUGCUCAUAACCAGUUUGACCAACUUUACCAGGAGACUGGCACUGGGAUAAAGGAUGGAUAUCCAGAAAAAACCAAGCUAAAGAUUGAGACUUCCUGAUUGAACAUCUCUUCCUGAGUCUCAGUUUAUACAUGAAGGUACAGGGCCUGUCUGCCUUAAACUCACAAUGUUCAAACUUAACUUUGUUUUUUUUUUUUUUUUUUUCCACCUGUUUGUUUUAAUUAUUUGUCCAUUUAAAGAAAUUGUAGCUAACAAAAUAGUUCCAUACAUUUUCUCCACCAUGUAUAUCCAUUCAUUAUAUAGGCCUUCUUUUGAAAGAAACGCAUGUUUUAGCAAACAUGUAUUUUCAUUUUAUAACAUGGUAACUGGUACUACACUCGGUUAAAGACAUCUAUGUUUGCAAGCCAUGCUUUUAGACUGUCUUGCACCUUCUGGGCCAUCUCACCUGGAGUGAGAAAUUGUUUCCACCCCUUCACUGGCUUCUUUCCUGUCAAUAACCAAUCAGCUGCUUCCCCUAUUGACUGACAUACAUCCUUUUAGCCAGUAACAUGCUUACCCAGAAGACACUUCUGGGGGGGGAAAUGAAUAACGUCGUGAAACACUAACAGGCUUCCUGGCAAGCAAACGGAGAUCUUCGUGUAGUACCAGAUAUCAUGUUUUAAAAUGAAAAUGCAUGUUUACUGCCACUCUCUUUAAAAACGCCACUAUUGAGACCUAUGUAGCUAAUGGAAGUGAUUUAUGGAAUUAUUUUGAUGCUAAUAGGAGGUAUUCAUACUCAUAGAGGUACCUGCUUGGCAGUUACAAUGGGGAAGCAUUUACAACUUUUGAUGAUACGAAAUAACAAAACUAAGUUUGUUGAAUUAGUGCAACAAAACAGUUAUUGCAAGCAGUAUUACCUAUAGAUGGGACCGGAAUGCAGUUUUCUGCUUGGUUAAAUUACAGUAGAGAGAAUGGAGGACAUCUGGAAUGAACAAAGUAUGGGCUCUCAGGUUAUGUACAAUUUCCUUAUUGGUACCACAGAGUGAGAAUUUUAUCGCUCCUCUUAUCUCGUGUCUCUUAUGUUACACAUAUGUAUGAAAAGUACUGUGAUCGGUUGUUUAUAGCAAAACUUUAAUUGAAUGAAUGAAUUACAAUUCCUGUUUCAUGAUCAGCUUCACAACUCAAAAUGAAAUAGUCUUCUCACAGAUUAAAAGAGAUAAAUAAUACUUGGUGAGAGUGAGUGAAAGGUGAGAUAAGAAGAGAAGCAGAUUACUGCGUCAGGAGAGAUGUUUACACCACAUCACCUGGGGGUGGAGCCAAACCCCUAAGAAGCCCUACAAACACAAUACCAGCUGAAGACGCUGGUAGAGAAGUGUCUGUCAGUUUAUUUUUCUACAUGGUGAGAAUGUAAAGAAACAUUGUAGGGACAACAUAGACCUUAUUAAAAUUUAGAAAACAUGAAAAAAAAAAAAAAGUGAACGUUGAAGUGUCCUUCGUGUCUAUGGCAAUGUUCUAUUUCUACUGUGAUUUCAGUUGUCUGGGUACUGUCCAGGAAAGCAAUGUUGUGCUGUGGUUUGGUGUGUAUGACCCCUUUUUGUGUAAAUAACAUUUAAUACAACUGGUACAAGUGUCUUGCAUUGCCGCUGUCUGGAAGGCUGAGGUCAGUUUGUGGAAGGGUUUUGGGAAUUCCACACUACAUGCAACCUCGAGUCUGUAUUCUCCCAGAGGAGUUGAAUAUUUCAUCCUGAUGUUUCCCUACACCUACAUAAGAUGCUAUAUAUGUGCAUUAUACCAUGAAAUUAGUUACAUUUUGUUAACUUUUUAUAUUGGGCAUGCAAUUAAUAAAAUAUACUUCAGCAUCUCUUGAGACAGACAGAAUAAAGCUGGGUGUUGUUAACAAACUAAGAAUGAAAAAUCAUUGAAAUCAUAUGUAAAGAAAAGGCAGCACGGGUUGGUCAAGUAAAAGCACGGCAGCGUGGUGUGCAAGUUAGUUGCCUGUCUUCACUGGGGAUUGCAGAGGGGGCAUCGGAUUGGCUCUGGCGCUCCCAUGGGUUAGAGGCAGAACGGGCAGGGACUGUUUCUGCUCAUCGAGCUACAGCAAACCCUUCCUGGACGGUGCCUGGUAAGCUCAAACGGGCUGGCCUUUGUCUUCCAGAGUCCGGUAGUUUGCUAACAUCUGCUCUCGAGUUCCUGGGUGUAGAAGAGGAAAUUGGCUUGAUCAUGGGAUUGGAGGACGCCCAAUGUUCUCCUGAGCUGUAUGGGGAAUUGCAGUGACGAGGGAUCCUAAUUGGACAUUCUAAAUAGGGGAGAAAAUGGGGGGUUAAAAAAAGAGAGAAACAGCAGCAUUCAAAUGAGCAAGCAGGGGUAGAGGCUCCUUCACUCCGAAGGACACGUUUCUGAAUUGUGCACUCGAGCUGCGGCUUGCUUCUUCACAGAAUGUAACAUUUUUCCUGGAUGGAGCCCUUAAUGAUUUAAUACAUUUAGAGAUAAGAUAAUUGUGUUCUGUCAGUGUAAAAAACAUGAAUUUACUGUAUUUUUUUAAGUCUGUAUUUCAGAAAUAAAUUACAUACUGUGUUUUAUC